CUUCCCAGAUAAAGAAAAUGGGGUUCAAGUCGGUUGCACAUUAUCUCAUUCAAACCCGGCGUGCACAAACCAAUGUCGAAAAGGUUCCAGAUAAUAGUGAUCAAGUUUCUGCUAAGAGGUCAUUGUCUUGCCCUGCUCCGGAAUUGCCAUCAGAAGAAUCUCCCGAGGUUAAUGAUAAUCAGCUUGUAACAUCAAAGCCUCAUACUGGGGAGGAUGGCUUCAACAGUGAGAACAAAGAAUACAAUGCAAAGCAGAGCCUACUGAGACCAACCUUGAUGUCCAUGAGCAACCGGGAUUUUCGGAGCCGAAUUGUGGGGACAAGAUAGAUGAUGGAAAGGAAUUGGAUUUCAGCAACAAAGAACCUGGUGGUAAUCCUGUGACAUUAGGAAGCAUGCCUGAAAAGAAACUUGCAUUCUCU